GCGUAGCUUACGCGACUACGUAAGCGGAAGUAUAGUCAUAUAACACAGCACACCGCAAGUAGGCGCGCAAACGCCGCCCGCGGGAGAAAGGUUAAUAACAUCAGCAGCAAUGGAGCGACUGAGGUCGAUGGUCAGCAACUUGAGGAUCAGUGAGAGGUACAGCAGGUUCCCCCUGCAGCCCGAAGAGGAAGCAAACCAUGUUGAGGUCAAACUGACCGACGAAGCCACGGACGGCAACACGGAGGACGCUGGCCAAUCAGGAUACUCUCCCUGUGCGAGGCCACCAGCCCAGCCACUGAGCUGGCGCACAAUUUGCCUCUGGACCGCAGGAACCAUGGUGCUCUUCUUCAUCGGCUUUGGCUUUGGCUCCAUAAACCACCAUAACUCUCAGCAGAAGGCAGUGAACUGCACUUCAGGGGAAAAGAAGAUUCUCACUGCAGCGACUGCAGCUCCUGUAGCUGAAACUGAUGAAACUGAUGAAGCUGCAGAAGUUGAAAAAGCUGCAGAAGUUGUACAAGCUCAGCUGACCUGGAAGGACAUCACCCGCCUACUGAAAGAGAAACUCAGUGCUGAAGCCUUUAACAGGGUUCUUAGAAACGGCAGCCUGCCCAGCCGCCCAGCAGGCAGCUCGGAGGACAACAAAAUGGGAAACGACAUCUUCAAGCAGUUCAAGGACCUGGGGAUGCAGCCCUGGACUGACAGACACUAUGUUCAGCUGCAGAAGCAAGACAGUAAGAAUCCAAACCGUGUCAUGUUUGGUUCAGAUACCUUCCAGCCCACAGGGUAUCUUGCCUACAGCCGUCAAGGAAAAGUUGAGGGCAAAGUUGUGUAUGGCAACUACGGGCGUCCAGAGGACCUUGAUGUGCUGCUGAAGAAAAACAUUUCCCUGGCUGGCUGUGUGCUGCUGCUCCGAGCCGGACGCACCAGUUUUGCACAGAAGGUGGCUAAUGCUGCUGAGAAGGGCGCCUCUGCUGUUCUGAUCUAUCCGGACUCUGCAGAUCACCGCUACGAUAGUGACAUAGAACUCUACGGACACGUUCAUCUGGGUUCAGGGGAUCCCUACACUCCCGGGUUCCCCUCCUUCAACCACACCCAGUUCCCCCCAGCCCAGUCCUCUGGUCUCCCCACCAUCCUAGCCCAGACCAUCACUGCCAUGAAUGCUUCAGCUAUACUAGAGAAGAUCGGAGGCCCCGAAGCAGAGAACGACUUCAAAGGCAAAAUGCUGGGGUCGUACAAACUCGGAGGCGUUAUGAACAUCACAGUAGAGGUGAACAACGUGCUGGUCAACACGGAGAUCCACAACGUGUUCGGAGUCAUCAAGGGAUUCAUCGAUCCUGAUCGUUACGUUGUUCUGGGAGCUCAGAGAGACGCUUGGGGUCAAGGUUAUGCCAGAGCCUACGUCGGCACCACCAUACUGACAGAGCUGGCCAAGGCCGUGCACGAGAUGGUGGAGAAAGACGGGUUCAGGCCCAGGAGAAGCUUGAUUUUCGCUAGCUGGAGUGCUGGAGAGUAUGGAAGUGUCGGCGCCACUGAGUGGUUGGAGGGUUACAUGUCGUCUCUUGACAAAAAAGCUUUAACCUACAUCAACCUGGAUGGAGCCGUCAUGGGCCGCGGAGGGUUCAUAGCCUCGGCAAGUCCUCUGCUCUACAGUCUCAUUGAAAAUGCAACAAAACAGGUGGACAGUCCUUAUGGCUCUGGCUCUGUAUACAAUGCGAUGGGAGCAACUACAUGGGAGGAGAAGGUGCUGAGGCCCAUGGAGAUGAACGACCCUGCUUAUCCCUUCCUGGCUUUCUCGGGAAUCCCCUCCAUCUCCUUCCACUUCAUCAACCCCCGUUUUGAGGCAUACCCUUACUAUGGCACCGACCUGGACACCUGGGAUCACUUCAGUGCUGAAACCAACCAUCACAACAGUGAAAUGGUGGCGGCGGCGGGGCAGCUGGCCGGCCAGAUGGCUCUUCGGCUGGUCCACGACCACCUGCUCAAAAUGGACGUGACGAGAUACGGCCGCAUCCUCACAGCAGCUGUGGGCUCGCUCUACAGUCGCAUCCGCCGGCUUACACAGUCUGGCGAGCUCAAGGGUGUGACGCACACGUGGCUCACGAGCGCACGAGGCUCCUUCAUGCGAGCUGCUUCCAGCAUCAAUAACGACAUCCUUAACACCGACCUCACCGAUAAGGAAGCCGGCCGCAUCAUCAACGACAGGAUCAUGAUGGUUGAGCAGGGCUUCCUCUCUCCGUAUGUGUCGCCCAAAGAGACUCCGUUCCGCCACGUCCUGCUGGGCCGCGGCGCUCACACCCUGGCAGCCAUCUCCAAGUGCACCAACAUGACGGAGCUCCGCACCCAGCUGGCCCUUGCCACCUGGACCCUGCAGGGAUGCGCCAACUCCAUGGUGGGAGACAUCUGGGACAUCGACAACAAUAUCUAAGAGGGCGGAGGAGAGCCGGGAGUGUGAGAGUGGGCAUGAGUUUGAGCGGUGUGUGUGUGAGGAUUGGUAGAUGGAUGGAUGUCGGUAAUGGAGUGAAGGACCGUGAAACUUGACAAAUUCACUGUAGAACGAUGACAAUGAAUGUUGUGCAUGUGUGUGUGUGUGUAUGUGAGCGCAUUUCUUCUGCCAGAGGGAAAGCUCCAAUAGCAGCACUAGAGCACAAGCUAUUAAUCAGAGGUUUAAGCCCCACCCCUUAUCUGCAGGUAUGGCUUAUAGUCCAGCGAGGGAGGGGGUCGUCAUUUCCUCAGACCUUGGAGGAGAUGGAGAUGUUACAGAGCUUGAAGAAAACAGAUUAUUUAGACAAAAACGUAAGAUGGCAUUAAGUAUAAAUACUGCCUGUCAGACCUCGCCUCUCCUCCCAGGUCUGCCACCCCCCCACCCCCCUCCAAUCCAACUGAACCAAUCAAAGCCUCGGCUGCGACCUCUUGCCACCUUAGCACUGAAAACCUUAUUUAUACUUUUUUGUUAUUUUUAUCAGUGGCAGUGCCCACUAUAAAUGUUUGUCUUUUUAUACGACAUUAUCGGAAGCAGUGCCUUCCAUAAUUAUGACGGUUAUACUGUCUCAUCCUACGGCAGCAUCUGCUACAGAAACGACUCCUCAACUGUUGCUGGCAAAAUGGGGCCCCGCCGUUCUGAUUCUUGACAUUCCUGACCUCCAUUCCUCCGGUUAAAUGUAGAGUUCCCUUGAUGUUAACAGGGGAUGCUGCUGAUUUCUUAGUAGAAAACGGUUAUCUUCAUCCAUUGUGGAGUGUGACAAAAGGCAAAAAGUUUAAAAAUGGUUUCAGAGGCUCUAAUGUGACCAAUUUACGUGUAGCUUGGAUGCUGGAUCUUGUCAAGGCACACUUGCUUUUUGGUUUGCAAACCAAAUUGCGCCUGUGAGUAAUUUGGCUCAUGGGUUUCUUUCAAAUCAGAACUCUUACAUCUAGGAUCUCUGCUUGCAUUGCACUGUACUGGAAAAAGUUGGGUGCCAAGUUAGCAUCAAAAGCACGUACAGUAAGCUGCUCAUGUGACCCACAUGACCCAGCAGGGGGCUGACGAGCUCUGGAACAGAUUUAGACUUUUUUUGCCUGGAAUCACAGCACUCCCUAAAGGGUAGAGAGAGACGUAUGACCUGUUGAAAAUAGGCAACUUUCCAUUCUAAAACAGCAUGUGAGGGGAAAAAAAUGAUUGAAAAUGAUUGGGCCAACAGUGGUCGACGGGAACAUGCAUGGUUGAAAUGGUCAGAUUUGCUGAAAUGACCCCAACAGCAAAUGGGAUGCACCUGUGGCACUCUGCUCGGCUGUCACAGAGAUCUAGAUACUUGUUUAAAAAAAAAAAAAAAAAAAAAAAGAAGAAUGAAUUAAAAAAAAAAAAAAAAUUAAGGGUAGAAAGUGGUGUCAAGUACUGCUGUUUCUGUCAAAGAGGAGAUAGGAUGCGGGAACGGAAUUGAAAUGGUCUUGAGAUUAGGGAAACUGCAACAAGCCUAGAGGCUAAGUGUUGGAAAAACAUGUCUUGAAUAGAAUGCUGCACUUAUAUGAAAAACAUGCACUUUCCACAAAGAAAAAAAAAAAGAAAUGCAUUUAACAAAAUUGAUUAAAUGAAUUGACCAAACCAUUAGAUUUUGUCCUAAAUCUAAUGCAAUAUAAAAUCCCCUUUUUAGCACAACGAACGACUUAGCUGAUUGUUAUAAGUUGCAGGAAAGCCAUUUAUGUUGCACAGUGUACUUUGGAGCAGUUUAUAUUUCUAAUACAGUAAAUUAUCGGGAGCAGUGCCUUCCAUAAGCUGUGAUGGUAGAUUUUGUCUACCCGCGUGUGUGUGUGUGUGUGUGUGUAUCGGGAGCAGUGCCUUCCAUAAUAAGCAGUGAUGGUAGAUUUUUGUCUACCAGUGUGUGUGUAUGUAUCGGGAGCAGUGUCUUCCAUAUUUCACUUGAAGGGUGGAACAACUUAUCGGGAACAGUGUUUCCCAGAGUUUUAUAUUUUUGUGUAUUUAUGUUUGUUUUGUUUUUUUUUUCUUUUCACUGUAUUUUUUGGUUAUUAUUUUGCUUUUGCUGGUUUUUCUGUUUCUUGCUGCUCUGUACAACCCUCGAAUCAUCCUUCAUUCAUUCUUUGUUUCUCUAACAUGAAGUCAGUCAAGCAACAUGAUUCACGAAGAUACACUGGAAUAGUUUAGUUCAGAAGGCGAACAUGAUGGGUGGGAACACACACGGUCUCUCAGCCUCGCCAGUUUCAGCUUCAGCCCUGUCUUGUGCGUCGGUGAAGCGAGACCAGAUACUCUGCUUGCUUAGGGACAAGGUCAUAACUCUACUUAAUCUCACCACAGAACACUUCUGCAUGUUUGAGCACCAUAACUCUUCACUGCAUGUUACUAAAUGUAUUGCUUUAUUGAGGUGUAGCGCUACAGAAAAAAAUAAAAUAAAUAAUAAUAAUAAAUGCAUAAAUGUUUCAUAUGUCCAAAAUAGGGUUAGACUGAUAUUGGAUUUGUGGCCAAAACAAUG